AGAAGAGGGUGACAUUCAAGGAGUGGUGGGAGGGAAAGCACCCAGGUUGGACCCCACCCCCAACCCCCCUCGUCAACUUUGGGCAAAUGACUCAACCUGGCCUGUCUGGGGUUUCCAUUAGUCAGCUUGAUGACAAUGGAGUUGCCUCACAGGAAGGCUACCCAAACCACACUAAUGCUCCCUGCGCCCCGUUUAAUCACGGAAAGAGUAAAUGCCCAGAUAGAACACUUUCCCGUGCCUGGCCGUAGACAUCAGCGAGAAUCCCGCACAACUUCGUCAGAUGUGCUGCUGGCUGUGCAGGCUCCAGGUCGGAUAAGAGCCCGGCUGGGUGAGCCUGGGGGCGCUGUUCCGGCUAGGUUCCCAAACCGGGCCGUCAGUCACCCAUUGCGGUCACUGCCUGGCCCUCCUUCCCUCUCCUGGAACACUCCCAGCCGGCAGGUUCACCUGCCAGGCCCCGGAAGUUGCGCAAAGGCCGGCUACCUGAGCCAGGUGGGCGGGAGGCGUGCAGGCUGCUGGAAGGAGGCGGCUUGCACAGCCGGCGGAGCCCGGUAUCCUGCUGCCAACUUUGUGCCUGUAUCUGUCUUCUCGCCACUGCCCUCGGGGUAUGUAACGGCCAUGCCUGUGGAUACGCUGAGCCCCGGAGCCCCCGCCACUCCCGCCCUACCUUUUCGCCUGCGAACCAAGGUCCCCGGCUACCUGCUACCAAGGCCAGCAGAUGGGGGAGCCAGGAAACCGAGUGCUGUGGAACGCCUGGAGGCUGAUAAGGCUAAGUACGUCAAGAGCCUGCGUGUGGCCAACACCCGCCAAGAGCCCGUGCAGCACCCGCUGGUCAGACAGCCCCUCUUCAGCCCUGGUCCUCGCGGCCCAGUGCUCACACCCAGCCGCCGAGUCCUGCCCUGUUCUGGCCGCCGGCCCCAACUGGACCUCGACAUCCUUAGCAGCCUCAUCAACUUGUGUGAUAGUCCUGUGUCGCCAUCUGAGGCCAGCCGAACACCUGGACGGCCAGAAGGAUCUGCCCACAAGGUCCCACCAGCCACCCCUCCUCGUCCACCGCCCAGUACUGUCGCGGUGCGCCGAGUGGACGUUCGUCCCUUGCCUGCUUCACCUGCUCGGCCCUAUCCAUCACCUGGCACCACUACCACUUCCAGCCCCGGCCGGCCCCCUGGCCUGCAGCGGUCCAAGUCGGACCUGAGUGAGCGCUUUUCCAGGGCAGCAGCCGAUCUCGAGCGCUUUUUUAACUUCUGUGGCCUGGACCCAGAGGAAGCUCGAGGAUUGGGGGUGGCCCACUUAGCAAGGGCCAGCUCGGACAUCGUGUCUCUAGCCGGGCCAAGUGCUGGACCUUGCAGCUCUGAAGGGGGCUGCUCACGCCGCAGCUCCGCUACAGUGGAAGAGCGGACCCUGGAUCGUGUCCCCUAUGGGGUGUCUGUGAUCGAGCGAAACGCUCGUGUGAUCAAGUGGCUAUAUGGGUUGCGGCAGGCUCGUGACCCUCCCACCACUGAGGGUUAGGCCUCCUGGACUGGGGUUUCCCGGGAAGACAUCGUGAAGAGACAGUUGGCACUUUGUCCUUUCCUGUAUCCAUUGGCUGCCUUCCUGCAGACCCAGAGACGCUUGGGUGAAUUUAAUGUAGAGGCCAAGACUUAGACCAGCAUCCUCUGGCAAGCAAGGACUGACCCACAGAAGUUUGCUGUUGCUCUUGGCCUACCCCAUCCCCUAACAAAGUUUGUGACACAAGUGUGCUUCUGCCUGUUUCCUCCAGUGACACUGGAUUUGGGUCGCUUACCUUCCACUGAGUUGGGGAUCAAGUGCUUUGCCAAGUCUGUCUGCCCCAGGCCCUAUUUCCUUCUUCCCUGUCUGUCCUCUUUUGCUGACUUCCUCUUCCUUACCCAGAGGGCCCUUGCUUCCUGGGAACUCACCCCCGAGAGGAGGUUGAGAGGAUGGGGCCUGUCUGCUGGUCUUCCUGGUCUUUGGCAGUUGGCCUAGGUGGGUAGACUUGUAGGAGGGACUGGUUAGGAGCCUGGCGCUCUGAAGUCUCUGUGGCUAAUAAACACAAAUGUUUGUUUUCUCAA